UUGAUUGUAAAACGAUUACUCCAUUAUCAAGAUUUGUUUACUAAUUCAAUGUAUUUUUGUUAAUUUCGAGUAAACAUCUAAGGGAAUUUUCAUAAGUGCCGUACAAAGGCAUUGACUUGAAUAUACACACGCUUAUCCUAUUGAACCAAUCAUAGACCGGCAUUUGUGGGAUAAGCCAAUCAUAAAACACCCAAAGACACGUGCUAAUUUGGCGCUAAUUAUUGGCGCGGUGGAGGCAAAACAAAGGAUUCGAAUCUUGCGCGAUCGAACGUUCGGAGAAAAGAACCUUUUUAGCAGGGAUGGAGGAAGAACUUCAGUGCCCGGUUUGUAAUAAACCUUACAAUUGCCCGGUAGUGCUGCCAUGCUCACAUAGUAUAUGUAUGAGUUGUACUAAAGCAAUAACGACAACGUCAGGCGCUGAUUAUCAAGUAUCAAGCGGUGAAAAAGAACCUGUCGCGGACCCAUUUUCCGACGAUUCGGGCUAUGUUAGUGUCUAUGAAGUCAACCAUCUUUACCAAGCCAUAGGCAACUUCCCAUGCCUCAAGUGCCCUAUUUGUAGGAAGAUUUUUCCUCUCGACGGCCGGGGCGUCAACGGAUUUCCACGAAAUAAGCUUUUGGAGAAUAUUGUAAAUCGUCAUUACGCCAAAUCUAAUGGAAAUGUUUACUGUCAAUUGUGUGAGGGCAGCCAGCCAGCCCCGGCGACUGUUAUGUGUGAGCAAUGCGAGGUUUCUUAUUGCGAGGAAUGCUGUAAAACGUGUCAUCCUAGUCGCGGUCCGCUAGCGAAACAUAAUCUGAUUCACCCGGCGAGUUCGAAAGCCUCGUCGGUGAAAUCUUCAUUGGUUAAAUGCAAGGAUCAUCUGGAGGAACAUAACAGUAUGUACUGUGUGGUUUGUCGCAUCCCAGUAUGUUAUGUGUGCAUCGAAAGGGGGCAACACAAGGGGCAUGAAGUAAAGGCAUUAGGAGCAAUGUUCAAGGAGCAAAAGAGUGAACUUGGUAAUAACCUUAAUUUAUUAGAAGAGAACAGAAACCACCUCCAGAAUUACAUCAACCAGUUACAAGAGAGCUGUUCUGUUAUCCAGGAAAAUGGUCUUGACUUUGAGGCAAGUGUGGUAGCACAGUGCGAUGGACUGAUACAGUUUAUUGAGAACAGAAAAAUGGAACUCAUUAAUGCCAUAAACAAGGAAAUGCAAACUAAGGUUGAAAAUGUGAAGCAGCAGAUAACUGAGUAUGAGCACACACUUAAAGAUACAGUUGGUUUGCUGGGCUACUCACGAGAGGCCCUGAAGGAAACUGACCCUGCAUCAUUCCUGCUGGUUGGGAAUGCCCUAAAUUCAAGGAUUUCAUCCCUGUGCACACAACUAAAUGAGACAGGAAUUCCUUCAGAGCCUCCAAGUGUUGAGCUGGACUUAACGCUGGAUACCUCAGCUACAGCUCAGGCACUGCAUGAGCUGCACUUUGUGGAAUUAAAAGCCCCUGAUGCCCCAGACAUUAUCCCGGACCAGUGCAGCGUGACCAACAACACUAUCACCCUUUGCUGGAUGCCGCGCAAGCAGAGUUGCAUCGAAAGCUACUUAGUGGAGAUUGAUGAUGGCAAUGGGGGCAGCUUUGUUGAAGUGUACAGAGGGAACAGUUUGGAGUGUACAGUACAGGGUCUGCAGUUUGACUCUACAUAUAGGGCACGUGUCAAAGGCAUCAACAAGUCAGGGGAGGGUGGACCCAGUGAUGAGGUCUAUCUGACGACAUCUGACAUUGCCUGGUUUUCACUGGACCUGGAGACUGCUCACCCAGAUAUUAUUUUAAGCAAUGAUAACAACACGGCCACUUGCACUAGUUUUGAUGACCGCGUGGUGCUCGGAGGUGCUGGAUUCUCUAAGGGAUGCCACUAUUGGGAAGUCACGAUUGACCGCUAUGACGGAAAUCCAGACCCUGCUAUGGGUGUGGCUUUCAUUGAUACCAUUAAGGAUUCCAUUCUGGGGAAGGAUGAUAAAGCCUGGUGUAUGUACAUUGACAGCAGCCGCAGCUGGUUUCGGCACAACAAUGAACACUCCAACCGGAGAGAUGGAGGCAUAGAAGUUGGCUCUUGUAUUGGAAUCCUCCUUGAUAUUUCAAACCUUAAAGUGUCAUUUUAUCUGAAUGACCAGAGAAGAGGAGCAAUUCGUUUACCAAGCAUAAGCGGAGCUUUAUAUCCUGCCUUCAGUUUGAACCGUAAUGUUCAGAUUACGCUGCAUACUGGCUUAGAACCACCAGAUCAAUGAUGUCUGAGAUCAGUUAUGCUAACUAAUACAAGAACCAGUUAAGAGUCAAGCUAAGCUUUUUCAGGAACUAGUUUAGAAUUGAGCUGAGCUAAUUCAGGAACUAGUUUAGAAUCGAGCUGAGCUAAUUCAGGAACUAGUUUAGAAUCGAGCUGAGCUAACUUAAGAACUAGUGUAGAAUCAAGCUGAGCUAAUUCAGGAACUAGUUAAGAAUUGAACUGAGCUAAUUCAGAAACUAGUUUAGAACCAAGCUGAGCUAAUUCAGGAACUAGUUUAGAAUCGAGCUGAGCUAAUUCAGGAACUAGUUUAGAAUUGAGCUGAGCUUAUUCAGGAACUAGUUAAGAAUUGAACUGAGCUAAUUCAGAAACUAGUUUAGAAUCAAGCUGAGCUAAUUCAGAAACUAGUUUAGAAUCAAGCUGAGCUAAUUCAGGAACUAGUUUAGAAUCAAGCUGAGUUAAUUCAGAAACUAGUUUAGAAUCAAGCUGAGCUAAUUCAGAAACUAGUUUAGAACCAAGCUGAGCUAAUUCAGAAACUAGUUUAGAAUCAAGCUGAGCUGAUUCAAAGCUAGUGUAGAAUCAGCCUGGACUCAGGGCCACUAAAUAAUUACACCAACAAAGAUUUGAACUUAAAAUUGCUGUGCAAAUAUAACUGGUUUUAGAAAUUACAGACUGCCAAGCCAUAGUAUAUUGCUCAUUUGAAUUAAAAAAAGAUAAGCCCAUAAAUAAUAUAAAGACAAAAUAUAUAAGAGCUCUAUGAAGAAAUUCCUGUAAAAUUUAUUACUGUACUAAGAACAUUAAGAGUAGUUCACUUUGUUUAUUUUUGACGAGAGCUGAAUAGUAGAGUUACACAAUACCCUUCCAUGCAUUGCUUGUUUUUGGUUAUUUCUUGGUAGUAAUGGUUUCAGUUGUUUGUAUAUAUUUGAUAAGUUAUCAAUUUAAUGCAGGUCAUUCCAAACACUUAUUAGAGAUUAGAUGGAUUUUAAUAUCCUUUAAAAAAUUAUUUUCCUAGUUGCUUUUUAUUUUUUUAGUAAUUGAUUUUGUACUUUUGAUAGAAUACAAACAGUGGCUGUGAUGAUUCAUUUAAAUGCCCUAUCCAAUUUUUGUAUAUAUUUUUUUGACAUCAUAUGGGGAUUUAAAUACAAGAUGGAAUAGCUUCUUCUCUAGGGCAAAUUAUGAAACUCUUCAUUGGAUGACUAUAUUUCAAAUCUGAUGCUGUUGGUUUUUAUUAUCACAAUUAUUCCAACCCUGUCAAGUCCAUCCUUUGGGUGUUUUAAUAAAAUGGAAAUCCAAAUGGGCUCACUUAACCUUUCAUGAAUGCUUUGCAUUGCUUCUUCCUCAGUCAGUACAAUGCACAACAUAAUCUGCAGGUGAAUUUUGCCACUUACUUCAAUUAGAAUAAAAAUGUGCAAAAAGACAUAAUAGUCGCAGUGUUGACCAGUGUAAUUACUGGAAAAUGGACAUUAAAGCAAAGUGUAAUGGUAAGAUGGUUGAUGAUUGAUUGCUAAAAUAGAGUUUAAAAGUUUAAAAAUGCCUAAUAUAGGAGCUCCAAGAUGUGGGCUGCCCAUGAGCCCCAAGUGUCAAUAAAAACGUUAUCAGCAGUCUUAAAGUGUACUGUGUUUAUGUUGCUCAAUAAAUAUCUGAAUAAUAAAUCAAGUUGAAAAACAA